AUGGCGCGGCUGCCGGCGCCGGCGCUGCGGCCGGUGGCGUACCACACGCUGCUGAUGGACGUGUGCAAGCUGGCGCGGGAGAGCCCCAAGUACAUGGCGGCGUGGAUACGCGCCGCGUACGACCGCAUGGGCGCGCUCGACCCGGAGCUGCGCGGCCGCGUGGCCGACUACCUCGCGCACCACCUGUCCAACUUCCAGUGGCUGUGGGGCUGGGAGCGCUGGAGCGACGUGCUGGCGCAGCCCCCGGGCCACCCGCAGCGCGCGUUCUGCGCCGACGUGCUGCAGCGCAUGAUGGGGCUGUCGUACUGGGAGCACCUCAGGGAGGGCUGGGCGCAGGCAGUGGACCCGGAGACGCGGGAGACGCGCCGCAUCAAGAAGUUUCUUCCUGAGGGGUGGGAGGACCUGCUGGGGCCGCAGCCGGAGAUCCCAGCCCUGCCAGGCACGGAGCCUCCAAAGCAGCAGCAGCAGCAGCAGCAGCAGCAGCAGCCACAGCAGCAACAAGAGGAGCAGCAGGAACAACAGCAGCAGCAGCAGGAGCAGGACGCCGAUAUGCACGAUGCGUCCGGCGAGCAGCAAAACGGCGCCGACGGCGCGGCGGCAGAUGAACACAAGCAGGAGGGGCAGGAGCAGCAGCAAGAGCAGCAGCAAGGUCAGCAGCAGCAGGAACAGCAGCCGCACGAGGAGGAGAUAACCCCAGAACUGGAGUGGGCGGCCAAGCUGCUCGCCUUCCUCCGCGCCCGCAAGCCCGCGCCGCCCGGCUCCGCGCCCGGGGCGCAGGGGCCGCCGCAGAGCGCGGACGACGUCUCAGAAUGGAUCCAGGAACUGCCGGGGUCGUCGACGCGGCGGGCGUAG